UAAUGCAGAGGAAACUGGUUUAUCAGUUUCCUCUUUGGUUUGUAAAGCCUGUUUUGGGACCUGUAGCCUGGAGAUUUCUUAGAGAUUUGGGAGGGAUGAAAUCUCCAAUCCUGGGCCCAUAUUUUGGGAGCAGCCAGCGUGCUGAUUGCACAGGUGUGUGCAGGCCUUUUAGGGGAGGCCAGGCCAUGAUUCUGGGCUCCACCCCGGCAGAGAGGAGUCAGGAGGGCUCCACCCCGGCAGAGAGGAGUCAGGAGGGCUCCACCCCGGCAGACGGGAGGUCUCUGCCUUGGAGUCAGGUGGAAGCCAGACUAGCUGUGUGCUAGUGGCCAU